GGACCGGAGCGAGGCGGGCCCCGCCGCCGCCAUGGAGGCACUGGGACCCGGACCUCCAGCCAGCCUCUUCCAGCCACCUCGGCGUCCUGGCCUUGGGACCGUUGGGAAACCAAUUCGACUGUUAGCCAAUCAUUUUCAGGUUCAGAUCCCUAAAAUAGAUGUGUAUCACUAUGAUGUGGAUAUUAAACCAGAAAAACGGCCUCGUAGAGUCAACAGGGAGGUGGUAGACACUAUGGUGCGGCACUUCAAGAUGCAGAUAUUUGGAGAUCGGCAGCCUGGCUACGAUGGCAAAAGAAACAUGUACACAGCACAGCCACUGCCAAUCGGACGGGAUAGGGUUGAUAUGGAGGUGACCCUCCCAGGUGAGGGUAAAGACCAAACUUUCAAAGUGUCUGUGCAGUGGGUGUCAGUUGUGAGCCUUCAGCUGCUUUUAGAAGCUUUAGCAGGGCACCUGAAUGAAGUCCCAGAUGACUCAGUGCAAGCACUUGAUGUGAUUACAAGGCAUCUCCCCUCUAUGAGGUACACUCCAGUAGGCCGGUCUCUUUUCUCACCUCCUGAAGGUUAUUACCACCCUCUGGGAGGGGGCAGAGAGGUCUGGUUCGGCUUUCAUCAGUCUGUGAGACCUGCCAUGUGGAAUAUGAUGCUCAAUAUUGAUGUAUCUGCAACUGCUUUCUACCGGGCUCAACCUAUCAUUGAGUUCAUGUGCGAGGUUUUAGACAUUCAGAACAUCAAUGAGCAGACAAAACCUCUAACAGACUCCCAGCGUGUCAAGUUUACCAAAGAAAUUAGGGGUCUUAAGGUUGAGGUGACUCACUGUGGACAGAUGAAACGAAAAUAUCGAGUUUGUAAUGUGACAAGACGGCCAGCCAGUCAUCAAACCUUCCCUUUGCAGCUAGAAAAUGGUCAAGCUAUGGAAUGUACAGUAGCUCAGUAUUUCAAGCAGAAGUAUAAUCUGCAGCUGAAAUACCCUCAUCUCCCCUGCCUUCAAGUGGGACAAGAGCAAAAGCAUACCUACCUACCACUUGAGGUCUGUAACAUAGUCGCAGGACAGAGAUGUAUAAAGAAGCUCACAGACAGUCAGACAUCCACGAUGAUCAGAGCCACCGCGAGGUCUGCUCCUGACAGACAGGAGGAAAUCAGCAGACUGGUGAAGAGCAACAGCAUGGUGGGUGGGCCUGACCCAUACCUGAAGGAAUUCGGGAUUGUUGUGCACAACGAGAUGACAGAGCUCACGGGCAGGGUGCUUCCAGCUCCAAUGCUGCAGUACGGAGGCCGGAAUAAAACAGUAGCCACACCCAGCCAGGGUGUCUGGGACAUGCGAGGAAAACAGUUUUAUGCUGGCAUUGAAAUUAAAGUAUGGGCAGUGGCUUGUUUUGCGCCUCAGAAACAAUGUAGGGAAGAUUUGCUAAAGAGUUUCACUGACCAACUUCGUAAAAUCUCCAAGGAUGCAGGAAUGCCAAUCCAGGGUCAGCCAUGUUUCUGCAAGUAUGCUCAAGGUGCAGACAGUGUGGAGCCCAUGUUUAAGCAUCUGAAAAUGACAUAUGUGGGCCUGCAGCUAAUAGUGGUGAUUUUGCCUGGGAAGACACCAGUAUAUGCGGAGGUGAAACGCGUUGGAGAUACCCUUCUAGGUAUGGCCACACAGUGUGUCCAGGUCAAAAAUGUUGUGAAGACCUCGCCCCAGACCCUUUCCAACCUUUGCCUGAAGAUAAACGCAAAGCUUGGAGGGGUUAACAAUGUGCUUGUGCCUCACCAAAGGCCCUCAGUGUUCCAGCAGCCUGUCAUUUUCCUGGGAGCAGAUGUCACUCAUCCACCUGCUGGGGACGGGAAGAAGCCUUCUAUUGCAGCCGUGGUGGGCAGCAUGGAUGGCCAUCCCAGCCGGUACUGUGCCACGGUCCGGGUACAGACAUCUCUACAGGAGAUCGCCCAGGAGCUCCUCUACAGCCAGGAGGUCGUGCAGGACCUGACGAGCAUGGCUCGGGAGCUGCUGAUUCAGUUCUAUAAGUCCACGCGCUUCAAGCCCACACGCAUCAUCUACUACCGCGGAGGGGUAUCCGAGGGACAGAUGAAGCAGGUAGCUUGGCCGGAGCUAAUAGCAAUUCGAAAGGCAUGUAUAAGCUUGGAGGAAGACUAUCGGCCAGGAAUAACCUACGUUGUGGUACAAAAGAGGCACCACACACGACUCUUCUGUGCAGAUAAAACGGAAAGGGUGGGGAAAAGUGGCAACGUCCCAGCAGGCACUACAGUGGACAGCACCAUCACACAUCCAUCUGAGUUUGACUUUUACCUCUGUAGUCAUGCAGGAAUUCAGGGAACCAGCCGUCCUUCACAUUACCAGGUCUUGUGGGAUGACAACUGCUUCACUGCAGAUGAACUACAGCUACUGACUUACCAGCUCUGUCACACUUACGUGAGGUGCACACGCUCCGUCUCCAUUCCUGCCCCUGCAUAUUAUGCCCGGCUUGUAGCAUUCCGGGCAAGGUAUCAUUUGGUGGAUAAAGAUCAUGACAGUGCGGAAGGCAGUCAUGUGUCAGGACAGAGCAACGGCCGGGAUCCUCAGGCCUUGGCUAAGGCAGUGCAGAUCCACCACGAUACCCAGCACACUAUGUAUUUUGCCUGAGAGUCUUGGAAAAGAACUCAACCAAUUUGGCAUCCCACAUAUCCUCAAAAUGUUUCCGAUGCCUACAGCCUCUCUUAGUGCCACAAUGACUUCAGGUGGUCCCUACCAGCAGCUCAGAAUGGUUGCACUGAGUCUCUACUCUGCAGCCCUGUCUGAUGCAUCAGCAAAAUUGAGCCAUUUGGGUUUUUUGUUAAAGAAAUAGAUACUUAUAGAUUAUGUUUUCUGAUGCACUGGGCAGAAUUUUUACCUCAGCGUGCAAAGGCUGAUCGGCCUUGACUUUCUGAAGGACUUUCCAAGAAGGGUUUCGACGGAAUAUUUUGCUAGCUGUGGUAUUCACCGCAUCUAGUCUUAUAAGAGGAGUAUUUCCUUUUUUCUGGUGGUGUGCAUAAGUGGGAGAGAGAAACCAAACGGCCUGUAUCAUUUCCAUGUAACUUUUUAAUUGGGUGGGUCUAGACCUCUCACUGGAGAUUUCUGACUUUGCCACUGUAAAUGCCUUUAAGGAGCACCAGUUUUUGAAAGUUUUACAGAACUCUGUUACCUUCACUGCUUUACUGAGCUCUUCGGGCCUGCGCUGUGGAGUACAGGCUGCCCGUCAAUUGCACUAUAUUUGGCUACAGAUUCAAACAGGCAGUUCCAUUACUUGGCUGGCUUUUUGUGAGUCUGUGACAUAAGCAGAUGUGAUGCGUGUCACAGGGACAGAUAACACUGCCAUGGUAAAAAGUACCCAUGUUCUCCAUAUUUAGAAAAAGAGAAUUAGCUUUUAGUAUUUUUCCACAUCUUCAAAAGUGCCCGUUUUAUGCUGCUGUGUGGUAUGUUAGAUCUAAACGAUCUUUAAACUUCUCUCAUAGAAAGUUAACUUUGGCAAUAAGCAUUUGUAAGGCCCCUGCCCUUUCUCCUCCUGACGUAGUUUUCUAGAUGAGAUUUCAGUAUGAUUUUAUCAACUCUUUCUUACAUAUCAUAACUGGGAUAUUCUGAAACCAGUUUAUAAAGACACAUAUUUCAAUGUCCUUUUAAAUAAUUGUUUUUUAAAAAACAAAACAAAACCUAUUUUAUAGUCAGUGUCCUGUCACUU